AUGGCGAGGACGCAGCACUUUCCGGUGCAAGCCAGGAUCCCAAUCUACUCGGUCGGAUUCGUCGACGACAAUGUCAUCGUGUACUCGGGCGGAGGUGGAGCUGGUCGUUCUGGCGUCACCAACGCGGUUGUAGCAGCACAGGUGGACCUCGCUGCGCAGACUAUCCACAAGCUCGACCAACUCAGUCUCUCUCGAGACGAAGAUGCUCCCAUGGCCAUGUCGGUCAAUACGGCAAAAUCACAGCUCGUUUGCGGAAUCAACAAUACUGCCGACGAGGUCAGAGCGGGCAACAACCAGCCCAUCCGCAUCUUCAAGUAUUCCAUAUCCAAUCUUGCCGCUGCAGACAAGGCAGAGUCUGCCAAAGAUGAGAAGGCGUCCUCGUCUACCGAUAAAGGCAAAGCCAAGCAGCAUGAUGUGAAGGUCCAGCUCCAUUUUGACAGAGCCGCCCAGUCACUGCAUAUUCAAGAUCCAGAACAGUAUGUCAAGGUCGCCGCUUUCAGCCCAAACGGUCGUAUGCUGGCAGUCGCCACGACGGAUGGUCAGGUUGCGCUUCAUCGUUUCCCGUCCGUAUCGCCCGUCUGGAACGAUGUCGGUGAGCCGUCUUCCUCCGCUCUGGCUGCGGCCGAAGCCCAAGAUACGUCCAUCUCGAUCCCUUCUCAAGACUUUGACGGGAGCGAGAUCUACGACGCAGAUUUCUCCCACUCCAAUACCCAUGUCGUCUUCACCUCUUCCUCUAAGCUUGUCGUCUAUGCCACGCAUCCCUUUUCCCAAGCGAAUGCUGACGAUGCAGCUAUCAACGACGACGACGCCUCCACUGAAAUCGCCGAGGGAUAUGCACAGACCAUUCAGACCAUCAAAAAUCCAGCGCUAGGAGGCAAAGGCCCUUGCUCAUUCCGCGCGGCGCGGUUCGGUCGGGGCGAGGCCAGCAAGGAGAAGCUGUUCACCGUCGUCAAUGCUGCACCGGCCGGCGGCAAAGGUCCCAAGGCCAAGAUUCGCAAGAGUUUUGUCACAGCGUGGGACGCUGAUUCCUGGGAUCUCAUCGAGACACGCCACGUCUCGGAUCGACCCGUCACCGUCUUUGAUGUCUCCCCGGACGGCCGUUUUCUCGCAUACGGCUCGUCCGACCUGUCUAUCGGCGUGCUGGACGCAAAGACGCUGCGCCCCGUCCUCAAGAUCUUGCAUGCCCACGACUUCCCCCCGACGUGUCUGAAGUUCAACCCGGCCUCCAAUCUGCUCAUCUCUGCCAGUGCCGACAAUACCCUGCGUGUCAUCCCCAUACCGGCCAAGGCACUCCUCGAGUCCGCCGCCAGUGGAGGAGGCGCCCUCGCUUUCAUCUCCGAGACCAGGAUGGGCUUCUAUACCACCAUCUUCCUCUCGCUUCUCAUCGCUGCCCUCGCUCUGUGGCUGCAACGUCGCUAUCUCGUCAACUAG